AUGUCUCUAGCUAAUCUACUGAACAAGGACGACCAGGACAUUAUCAAGACUUCAUCCCCAUCCAAUGACACUAUCCUGCCAGACAAACCUCUUACUGAGGAGCAAAGAAAGCAGAACUUCCUCAAAGAACUAAACGAUCAAUUUCAGAUCAUUCAAAAGAGAGACGACCUGGAAUUAACGUACCAAAAUUGGAAGUUUCUCAACUUGCAAGAAUUCGAACUUAUCAAUGAAUGGAACAUUCAAAAUAAGGACAAUUGGGUGCAUGCAGAUACACCCAUCUACGACAAGAUGAGAGCCGCAAGGGAGGAAUGGGACCACUAUCAAUCCUGGAAGAAUAUUCAAAAGAACCCUGCAUUGUUACAGAAAUUAACUGGCUCUCAUCCUGAUGUGUUUAAGAAACCAAGAGGUGCUGUCGUUCAUUCUUCUAGUAGGAUAAGAAUUAAUAAUAUUUUAAAUACCCCAUCUCCUGGUCCAAAUGCAAAACCAUCAAUCAAUCAAACUCCAGUUGCUACUACCUCUACUAUUGAAAUUAAAGGUGCCGCAACUGAAGAGGAGGAUGAAGAAGAGGAGCCAGAUGAAGAAUUGGACGAGGAGAGUGAACUUUCUAACGUGGAAAUCUCAGAUACUUACGAUCCUAACGAUGAAGAUUUCGAACCUGAAACUUCAAAACAUAAGAAACAUAGUUCUACUGUGUCUGGUACCACCAUAUCUAGUUCCAGAGGUAAGUCAUCAGGCAUAGUUACUUUACAAAGUGAUAGGAAUAGAAUCAUUAGAGAAUUAAUCAAAAUGUGUCAGAAGAAUAAAAAUUUAAAGACCAAGAAGAGAAAAUUUACAAAUUGUUUGGUAUUAGACUACAAAUCAAAACAAAAGACACCUCAUCACUCUCUUACUAUGAAGAUCACUUUAAAACAGUAUCAUGUAAGAAAAUUAAAGAAACAAAUCAACGAAGCCAAACGAGAAAGAGAAAGAGCAGCACAUGGUGAGAGCAAUGAUGAGGAAGACCUUUCCGUGGAUAAUAAUCACAACCAUCAUGACAACAAGAAAAGAAAAUUAAACUCCACAUCAAUUAGUACAGGUACCGGUUCCGUCAAUUCUCAUGGAUUACCUACCUAUGGACUAAAGAUGAAUGUGAAAGAGGCAAGGGCCAUUAAGAGACAUUACGAUAAUACGUAUAUCACCAUUUGGAAAGAUAUGGCAAGAAGAGACUCUGCGAAGAUGGCUCGUCUAGUUCAACAAAUUCAAUCAAUAAGAUCUGUUAAUUUUAAAAAGACUUCAUCUUUAUGUGCUAGAGAAGCUAAAAAAUGGCAAUUAAGAAAUUUCAGACAAGUUAAAGAUUUACAAACAAGAGCUAGAAGAGGUAUUAGAGAAAUGUCUAACUUUUGGAAGAAAAAUGAACGUGAAGAACGAGAAAUAAAGAGGAAGGCAGAAAAGAUUGCACAGGAAAAAGCAAGAAAGGAGGAAGAAGAAAGAGAAACAGUUAGACAGUCUAAAAAAUUAAAUUUCUUGUUAACCCAGACAGAAUUAUAUUCCCAUUUCAUUGGUAGAAAGAUUAAGACUAAUGAACUGGAAGGUAACAUGAACGAUGACUCCUUCUCAGCACAACACCAACAACAACAAACAAACAAAAUAGAUUUAGAAAAGACUGAAGCAACUAAAAAUGAUUUCCAUUCGAUUGAUUUCGAUAAUGAAGAUGAUGAACAAUUGAGAUUGAAAGCAGCUCAAAAUGCUUCCAAUGUUCUUGCCGAAACAAGAGCAAAGGCAAAGGCCUUUGACGAUGCUCAUAAUAAUAAUAAUAACGACAACGAUAAUAUUACCAAAAGUGCGAAUGACGAAGAAGAUGAGGAGGAAAAUAAUGAAGAUGAAUUUAAUUUCCAAAAUCCAACUUCUUUGGGUGAUGUUACCAUUGAACAACCAAAAAUGCUUGCUUGUACUUUAAAGGAGUAUCAGCUGAAAGGUUUGAAUUGGUUGGCAAGUUUAUAUGACCAAGGUAUUAAUGGUAUAUUAGCAGAUGAAAUGGGGUUGGGGAAAACAGUCCAAUCUAUUUCUGUUCUGGCUCAUUUAGCUGAAAAGCAUAAUAUUUGGGGUCCAUAUUUGGUCGUAACUCCUGCUUCCACACUACAUAAUUGGGUAAAUGAGAUUACCAAAUUUGUCCCACAGUUCAAGAUUUUACCGUACUGGGGAAAUGCAGCGGAUCGUAAAGUAUUGAGAAAAUUCUGGGAUAGGAAAAACUUAAGGUACACAAAGGAUUCACCAUUCCAUGUUAUGAUUACUUCAUACCAAAUGGUAGUCUCUGACGUCACAUAUUUGCAGAAGAUGAAAUGGCAAUACAUGAUCUUAGAUGAAGCGCAAGCUAUUAAAUCUUCACAAUCUUCACGUUGGAAAAAUCUUUUAAGUUUUCAUUGUAGAAAUAGGCUAUUAUUAACAGGUACUCCAAUCCAAAAUAAUAUGCAAGAACUUUGGGCUUUACUUCAUUUUAUUAUGCCAUCACUUUUUGACUCUCAUGAUGAAUUUAGUGAAUGGUUCGCCAAAGAUAUUGAAUCCCAUGCAGAGGCAAAUACACAAUUAAACCAUCAACAGCUACGUCGUCUCCAUAUGAUCUUAAAGCCAUUCAUGCUGAGACGUGUUAAGAAAAAUGUUCAAUCAGAAUUGGGUGAUAAGAUUGAGAUCGAUGUUCUUUGUGACUUAACUCAAAGGCAGGCUAAAUUAUACCAAGUUUUAAAAUCAACAUCAAACUAUGAUGCGAUUGAAAAUGCUGCUGGUUCAGAUGAAUUUUCAUCAGAUCAAAAUUUAGUUAACACUGUUAUGCAGUUUAGAAAAGUUUGCAAUCAUCCAGAUUUAUUCGAAAGGGCUGACAUCAAUUCACCAUUUGCAUUCACCAAAUUUGGUAAAACAAGUUCUAUACUAAGAUCAUCUGAUAAUGACACGGAUGUGUUUUACUCUUCUAAGAAUCCCAUCGAAUUCCAUUUACCAAGAUUAAUCUAUGAUGAUCUAAUUCUUCCUAAUUUUGAAAAUAGCGUGGACACUAUGGCAAAAUUAUUAAACUAUACAUUGAGCAUUUUCAACCCAACAACUAACUUUGAAUUAUGUCAAUAUUUGACCAGAUUAACAGGCUCCUCAACACAUUCCAUGUCAAAACUUUUUCAUCAAGACAUUAUUAAUCGGGCCAUUGAAUUAAGUGCCGAACCACAACCUUUACUUGAGAAAUUGGCCAUUGUAUUCGCUGAAAAGAACAAGAUAAAGGAUAAUUUUCACAGGGAUCUUAUUUUGAUGGAUAAAGCAGAUAUCUUGAUAAAUACAUCCAAGGUGACUACAAAAGGUAUAUUGGAUUCUCUACUGAACAUUAAAGAAACAGUCUAUGAAAAUGAAUAUCUAAAUUCUCUUCAUCCAGGUUAUCGCCCAAAUGCGUCUGCAGUACCUAUUUCCCUUGAAAUUUCUGGUUGUAGUCAUUUGACAAAUGAAAUGAAUUAUGAGUUGUUUAACCCAGUAAUUACGCAAGCUUUAUCAGAAAUCCCACCAAUUACUCAAUAUAACAUGCAUAUUAAUAAGAAGAUACCAAUUGAAGAAUUCCCGAAGACUGAAUUAUUCCCUGCUCCACUGAAUAAAAACUUUUCAUCCAAUAUUUCAAUGCCAUCAAUGGAUAGGUUCAUUACUGAGUCAGCCAAAUUGAAGAAAUUGGAUGAACUACUGGUACAGUUGAAGAGAGAAGGACAUCGUGUUCUUAUUUAUUUCCAAAUGACAAAAAUGAUGGAUUUAAUGGAAGAAUAUUUGACCUAUAGGCAAUAUAAUCACAUUAGACUUGAUGGUUCCUCUAAAUUGGAAGAUCGUAGAGAUCUAGUUCAUGACUGGCAGACAAAGCCAGAAAUUUUUGUUUUCUUAUUAAGUACUAGAGCUGGUGGUUUAGGUAUUAAUCUAACUGCAGCUGAUACUGUUAUAUUUUAUGACUCAGAUUGGAAUCCAACCAUCGAUUCUCAGGCAAUGGAUAGGGCUCAUAGAUUGGGUCAAACAAGGCAAGUUACAGUUUAUAGACUCUUAAUUCGUGGUACUAUUGAAGAGAGAAUGAGAGACAGAGCAAAGCAAAAGGAACAAGUUCAACAAGUUGUUAUGGAGGGGAAGACCCAAGAGAAUAAUGUUAAAACUAUAGAAGCAUCUAACUCAACAACGGACAUUACUAAACAUACAGGCAUAACUGCAUAA